AUGGAUUCCAUCAAUGGGAACCACCCUGCACGUGAGGGAACAGAACCUGUCUCUAGGAUUCUCCUGCAAGAAGAUAUCAUUUUGCUUCUCUCUCGUUGGUAUGCCCUUCAAAUGGCCGUCCAGAACAAGUGGGGUGGCACCGACUCCCUCCAGAAAUUCCACCAGCUUGCUGCUGAUAUUUUCUCUUGGUUCUCCAAAUCCAAUGCACCGGUUCCUGUCGAAGAUUUAGAAAAUAUGCUCCACGAAUCUAUGUUGCUAACAUUCAACACAGAGAUAGAAGAUGGCAGCAUUGAACAGGUAGCAGAACAGUUGAUCGCUAUCCAUGAAGAGUACUUGUUACGUCAGUCAUCUUAA